AUGGCCCGCUCAUCCGUCCCCACCCAGAACGACAUCGCCGUCCCCGAGACGAUUCUGAAGAAGCAGAAGGCUUCUCAGAAGGCCAACGACAGCAAGGCUGCCGACCUCCAGAAGAAGCGCGAGGCCAACAAGCAGAAGCGCGAGACCAUCUUCAAGCGCGCCGAGAAGUACCACCAGGAGUACGUCAAGGCUGAGCGCGACAUCAUCGAGGCCAAGCGCCAGGCCAAGAAGGACAACUCCCUCUUCGUCCCCGCCGAGUCCAAGCUCGCCUUCGUCGUCCGCAUCAAGGGUAUCAACAAGAUCGACCCCAAGAAGCGCAAGACCCUUCAGCUCCUCCGUCUCCUCCAGAUCAACAAUGGUGUCUUCAUCCGCCUCACCAAGGCCACCACCGAGAUGCUGAAGAUCGUCGAGCCCUUCGUCGCCUACGGCUACCCCAACCUCAAGACCGUCCGCGAGCUCGUCUACAAGCGCGGUUACGGCAAGGUCAACAAGCAGCGCCUGCCCAUCACCGACAACGAGCUUAUCGAGCAGAACCUCGGCCAGUACGGCAUCGUCUGCGUUGAGGACCUGAUCCACGAGAUCUACACCGUCGGCCCCAACUUCAAGCAGGCCGCCAACUUCCUGUGGCCCUUCAAGCUGUCCUCGCCCACCGGUGGCUUCCGCCCCCGCAAGUUCAAGCACUUCAUCGAGGGUGGUGACCUUGGCAACCGCGAGCACUUCAUCAACGCGCUCGUUAAGCAGAUGAACUAAGCGUCUUGAAACACGCUGAAAAGUUUGUGCUGGGUUGUUAUGGGUGGAGUAACGGUUACAUUCCAACGAUACCAUGAAAAUUACGAGUGUGGUGUCUCAUCCGGUCCGAUCCUGCUGUUGACGGGCCGGAUCGAGGGCAGGCCGAGCCACAUGCAAUGGUUAGCUUAGACAAGUCUUCUGCGGAUCCGCGAAGAACAAUGCAAAAAGUUUAUUCCAC